AUGCAAGAAGCUUAUUUAGAUAAUGAUGUCACUUUUAGGGGUGUGGAGACAGAAGGUGAACCAAAUGAACAAGUUAUGACGAUGGAAGACAUGGUGCAUGAUGCUGUUAUGCAAAGACAACCCUUCCAAGAAUCAAAUUCUUCUAACAUAGAAGAGGCUCCAAAUGAAGAAAAUCAAAGGUUUUAUAACCUUUUGUUGGAGGCAAAUACGCCUUUGUAUGAAGGAGCAUCAGACUCCAAAUUAUCAAUGUGUGUGAGGCUUUUAGCUUGCAAGUGGAAUUGGAAUAUUCCUAACCAAUACAUAGAUUUUUUUGCAAAAAUACUUUUGGAUGUAACACCACACAAAUGUGGUUUACCGAAAACUUACUACGAUGCAAAAAAGAUAGUGUCGAAGCUGGGAUUACAGUCGCAAAGGAUUGAUUGUUGUGUGGAUGGUUGCAUGCUAUUCUAUGAUAAUGAAUAUGGUAAGAAUGAUGGAGCAUUAGUUGAAUGCAAAUUUUGUGGGAAGCCAAGACUUCAAAGAAUGUAUGCCUCAAAAGAAACUGCAACAGAAAUGACAUGGCACCAUCACAACAGGUCGUCAAAUGGUGUUUUGCGUCAUCCAUGUGAUGGAGAGGAGUGGAAGCACUUUGAUAGAGUACAUCCUGAUUUUUCCAUUGAGGCACGCAAUGUUCGACUUGGUUUAUGCUCCGAUGGUUUUAAUCCAUAUGUGCAGGCGUCAAAUAUACCAUAUUCGUGUUGGCUAGUAAUUGUCACGCCCUACAACCUUCCUCCAGAAAUGUGCAUGUCUAAACGCUACAUGUUUUUGACUUGUCUCAUUCUGGGGUCAUUCAAUCCAAAAGUACGCAUUGAUGUAUACCUAGAGCCCUUGAUAGAUGACUUGAAAAAGUUGUGGAGUGGUGUCAUAACAUACGAUAUUUCAAGGCGACAAAACUUUAUCAUGAGGGCGAUGCUAAUGUGGACAAUUAAUGAUUUUCCUGCUUAUGGUAUGCUGUCUGGAUGGAGCACCCAUGGUAAAUUGGCUUGUCCACAUUACAUGGAGCAUUCAAAGGCUUUUAGAUUAUAUAAUGGGCGAAAAAAUUCGUGGUUUGACUCCCAUCGGAGGUUUUUACCAAAUGAACAUGCCUUUAGGAGAAAUAGGAAUGCUUUCAAAAAGGGGGAAGUGGACAUGGAAGACGCGUCACCAUAUUUGACGGGAACAGAAGUUUGGAAUAGAGUUAAUGGUUAUCCUAAAGUAACUGAAAAUGGUGCACCAAGAAUAGAUGGAUACGGUGAGUGGCAUAAUUGGACGAAAAAAAGCAUCUUUUGGGAUCUACCAUAUUGGAAGGAUAAUUUGUUAAGGCAUAAUCUUGAUUUCAUGCAUAUUGAGAAGAAUUUCUUUGACAACAUUUUUAAUACCGUGAUGAAUGUUAGUGGGAAGUAA